GUGCUGCGAAUUAUUUUCGUUUUAUAAAUACAAUAUAUAAAAAAACAACACAUUUAAAGAUGCCACAGGGGAAAUUCAAGAAAGCCAAAAUGCCAGCGGCGAUGGCAAAGAAGAAGCAAAAGCAAGCCGCAUUCACACGACGAUCCAAUGCACCCAUCCAGGCGAAGAAGGGCAAGUUCAAUGAGACACAGAAAAUCAAGGCAGUCAUUUCCAAGUCGGUCAACAAGAGCGUGGAGAGUGAGCUGCGAUCCCGGGCCCACGAAGGUUACAUUCAACUGAGCAAGGCCCAGGAGGCUGUGGCCAAGCAUCACGCCUCGCAGGCGGCAGCGGCAGCGGCAGCAGCAACCAGCACAAGCGCCAGCACAAGCAAACCUGUAGCAUAGUUUAGUUGAUAGUUUAAAAAUAGUUGUAUAUAACUCAAUUAAAGCCAUACAUAUGUAUGCCAAUGACUGUACAGAAA